AUGGACGUACUCCUCCGUACACUUACACGCCGCAACACGUCCCCGCCUCCCCGCGACGGCGGCGGCGGACGCGGCCGCAACCGCACACGAAGAGAUGAUGGUGGCGGUCACAGCAGGCAAUUCGAGCUUAUUCUGGAGAUGCUUGCGAAGGGUCUCGUCGAGUAUGCUGUGCGCAAGUACAUGCCCGGCCAGGGCGGCGAGCGGGACAGGGGCGUCCACGAUGAUCGGGUAAGGGCCAGGGGCAGGGACGACGAGGAGAGGCACCGGGGCGGUGUUCCGAACAUGGACGCCGACGUGCUGGAGACUAUUGGGAAGAGCAUUCUGGCCAAAGCUAUGGAGAAGUUUGGCGGCGGAGCGGGAGAGGAGAGAGGUGGUGAGAGGAGUGGCGGCGCUGGUGGUGCUAGUGGUAGUGGACGAGAGAGGACGCGGGGUGGUAGUUUGGAUCGGUAUGCGAACUCGCGGGCACUCUCUCGCGAGGAUCGGGGAGAUGGAAAGGACGGCGGUCAGCGGAGACGGGGGCAGAGCGAGCACGGUCGGAGGGAUUCACCGGAUCGGGAGCCGACACAUCGUGACGAGCAGCAGCAACAGCGGCGGCAUCGUCGACAAGGCCAUGGCUGGACGGAUUACGGUCCGUUAAAGACGGAGCUGGAGGCGCUUUCGAAUGCCAUCAUCUCGCUGAAUGAGAGGCAGCCCGGGCACGCCGACUGUGAGUUCUACGAUGCGUUCACGGAAAGGUCGGGGAACGUCCAGGAGAAGAUUGGGGCGGUUAUGGUCAGGAUCCGGGAGAGGGAGGAGAGGCGGGAGGAGAGGCGGGGACGGAGGAGAAAUUGA